AUGUCUUUCGCACCGCAUAUACAUGGAACUUUCAACUCCCAGACGUCACUCUUCCAGGAGACAUCGUUUUCGAAUAUUUCUGAAGAGACAGCGCAGAAGAUUGCUUCACUACAGGCAAAGCUAGAUAAGAAGCUUGGGCCGGAGUACAUUUCUCAACGGCCCGGUCCAGGUGGCGGCCCAAAGCUGACGUAUGCUGAGGGAUGGAAGAUCAUCAAUUUAGCCAACGAAGUCUUCGGGUUCAAUGGCUGGAGCUCCAGCGUUGUCAACCUGACGACAGAUUUCAUAGACUACAGCGAAGAAACGAGGAGGUUUACUGUCGGUGUCACGGCGGUUGUAAAGGUGACAUUACGAGACGGCGUCUAUCAUGAGGAUAUUGGCUAUGGUUCACUGGAGAACUCGAAGAGCAAAGGAGCUGCUCUUGACAAGUGUAAGAAAGAAGCGGUUACAGAUGCGGUGAAGCGUGCUCUCCGCAAUUUCGGUAAUCUCCUGGGUAAUUGCCUAUACGACAAGGCGUACACGCAGGAAAUUGUGAAAAUGAAAGUCCCACCUGUAGGUGACUGUAUGCUAUAUCUGACGUUGAUCUGA